AUGUCGCCAGCUCUUCCGCGUUUGACGGUGGUCUGCUCCGCGCUGUUGCUUUCGCUUUCGCUCUCGCACGGCACGCAACUUUUCGGAAACGACGCGUCAGUUGUCCAAACCGAGGCGACAAAGUCAUGGCCAGGUCUGAUCGUCAACGUCACGCAUCAGACGGCGCCUUUUCCGUUCAACUCGUUUGUCUUGUACGCCAACCCAGUCGUGACGGAGGACGGGGCCAAGGUGCUGUACGACGUCAACGCAGAAUUCAAGGUCGUCAAUUCUGCGUACCAGAAGUGGAUGUACUACGUGCAGACUGAUGGGUACGCGAUGUCCGGUGACAGCUACGACCAGACCACGUGUAUGGAAUGGGAAGCCUACCCGUACGCACUUCCGGCGGUGAACGCCAUUGCCACUGCACUCAUGGGACUUUCGCCUGGUGCUGAACCAGACGGUCACGACUGCCCGGGACACAAGUACUUCUUCCAACUUUUCAAAACCAGCCACACCGUGUGUGAAACGAAUCCUGGCAAGAUGAUCACGAUUACUGGAAACAACCUGGUCCUCACCGUGUCGUACGCGGACAAGAUGAACUUGAAAAGGAACGGUGGUAGCAGUGCUGGGUGUAAGCCCGUGGCAUUCCCAGCUUCUGUGGCGCCGAUCGGCAAGUCGUUGCUGACUGGACAAAGCCUUCCGCGUACAUCGUAG